UUCGACCAGGAGGGACGGAGGUGAGACAGAGGCAUUCCGCCCCAUUCGCACCCAUCCACCCGCAUUCAACAAACAGCAGCAACCUCUCACAUCUGUACCGUGUGGCAGGGUCAACAGACGCCACCAUCGGUCCAUUCGAUUCAGGAGCCGCUGAACCGUAGCCGAAGCAACCUACGAGAACAACAACAACAACACGAGCGUUAUUGCUCUCCGCGUGGGCGCCCAACAAAACAAAAGCCAUGAGCGACUCCAACCGCGAACGUUCGGCGCUGGUGAAAGGCGCCAAGGACAUCGCGCGCGAGGUCAAGCGGCAGGCGGCCAAGAAGAUCGGCCGCGGCUCAGACCGCCUCCAGGACGAGUACACCGGCCGCACAUACGCCCGCUUCCAGGACGAGCUGGACGACGACUACUACGCCCAGCAGGGCUCGUACGGGGACGCUUCGGCAGGUCCCGGGCACGCCGCCGGCGAAGCGGGCGGAGGGGCCGCCGCCGACGAUGAGGAGGGCGACAGCGAUGCAACGGAGGGCCACGACGAAGAGGACGAGGUCUACGAGGGCGAGUACCAGGGCAUCCCGCACGGCAAGGCCGGGAACAGCCACAUGCCGGCGGGUGACGGCGGGGACCCUUACGGCGAUGGUGGCACGGGAACGAUUGCCGGACUGCAGACGGAGCGGGAGGAGAUGGCGCAGCAGUACGAGGCGGUCAUGCAGGAGUGCGGGCACGGCCGGUUCCAGUGGACCUUCUACAUGGUGCUGGGGCUGGCUCUCAUGGCGGACGGCGUCGAGGUGUUCGUGGUGGCCUUUGUGCUGCCCAGUGCCGAGCGCGAUUUGUGCAUUACUGACGCUGGAAAAGGAUGGCUUGGCACCCUGGUGUACCUGGGCAUGAUGAUGGGCUCAAUAGUGUGGGGCGGCCUCGCGGAUCAGCAGGGCCGACGCCAGUGCCUGCUCAUGGCGCUCACAGUCAACAGCCUCUUCUCCUUCCUCUCCUCCUUCGUCUGGGACUACGGCACCUUCAUCUUCUGCCGCUUUCUGGAUGGAUUUGGGAUUGGUGGGAUCAUCCCGAUUGUAUACUCAUAUUAUGCCGAGUUCCUGGCCCACGACAAGCGAGGGGAACAUCUGAGCUGGCUGUGCAUGACGUGGAUGUUUGGGGGAAUCUAUGCCUCUGCUAUGGCCUGGGCCAUCAUCCCUCACUACGGCUGGAGCUUCGGCAUGGGCUCCGCUUAUCAGUUCCACAGCUGGCGAGUUUUUGUGAUCGUGUGUGCGCUCCCAGCAGUCGCCUCCAUCGUGUGUCUAACCUUCAUGCCCGAGAGCCCACGUCACCUGCUGGAGAUGGGCAAGCACGAUGAAGCAUGGAUGAUUCUGAAGCGAGUGCAUGACACCAACAUGAAGGCACGUGGACAUCCGGAGAAAGUGUUCACCGUGACUCAGCUGAAGGUGGUGAAGCAGGUGGACGGCGUGACGGAGUUGAACUCUGACACGGGGACGUGGCACCGCCGCUGGGCCGCCAGAGCCACCUGCGAGGCCUCCAAGAUUUGGAGGACGUUUCUGGACUGUUUCGCACCGCUCUUGAGGAGAGAUAUGCUGAAGCUGUUGACCAUCUGGCUCACACUCUCAUUCAGCUACUACGGGCUGUCGGUGUGGUUCCCAGAGGUGAUUAAAGACCUCCAGGAAAAGGAAUACCACCACCACACGAAGGUGCACGUUGGGGAGCGCAUCCAUGGCUCCACGUUUAACUUCUCCCUCGUCAAUCAGAUCCACCUCAAUGGGGAGUUCAUCAAUGACAAAUUCACAAACAUAAAGUUGAAGUCGGUGACAUUUGAGGAUUCGUUGUUCAAGAACUGCACCUUCGAAUCCAUCACCUCAACCAACACCUUUUUCAAGAACUGCACAUUUGAAGGCACUAAGUUUUUUGAUACAGACCUGUUUGAGUUCAAGUUCAUUGGGACGGUGUUCAUCAACUCCUCGUUCAUAAACAGCAAGAAGGGUUGUCAGAUUGACUUCAGCGACGACUUCAGUGCAUACUGGGUCUACUUCGUCUCCUUCCUGGGCUCGCUCGCUGUGCUGCCUGGGAACAUUGUCUCUGCUCUGCUUAUGGACCGCCUUGGCCGCCUAAAGAUGAUUGGGAACUCCAUGAUCCUGUCGGGAGUGAGCUGCUCAUUCCUCUGGGCUGGGAGCAGCGAAGCCACCAUGAUUGGGCUGCUCUGUCUCUUUAAUGGACUCAGCAUCUCCGCUUGGAACGCUCUCAAUGUCAUCACUGUCGAGUUGUUUCCGACCAACAAGAGGACCACGGCGUUCGGCUUCCUGAACGCCAUGAGCCGACUGGCGGCUGUGUUCGGGAACGUGAUCUUUGACUCCACCGUCGGCUCGGGGAAGACGGUGGCCGUGCUGCUGGCCUCCACCGUGCUCGUUGGGGGAGGCUUCGUGGCGCUGCGCAUGCCCGACACACGUCGCCAAAUCCUCAUGUGACCGUCCUCCCCACUGCCUGCCACCGCCACCGGCCCUCUCCUCGGCUCCUCGUCCGGCUGAAGACUCGAUAAGUAGAGCAAGGGUGGGGGUCCGUUUUUAGCAAGUGUUCGAUGAGUGUUCGGGAGUGUCCCAGAUGGUGGAAGGCGUUUGCAUCCGGGGUUUUGGCGUAGGGAGUUUUGGAUGCUCGUAUAGGGAGGUGAACAGGUUUUUGGGGAUAGGUGUAGAAAACUGUUUCAAUCUUGGAAGUUAGAGCUAUCCUACGCUAGCGUGGAUUGCACAUUAAACGGAUAGAUAAUGUUGAAUGGAAAAUGCAUUCUGUGAACUAAAUCUUAACGAAUGCAGUUUUUGUUCAUACGUAGAUUUAUAAACUGAUUCAUGUGACAUCACCACGUGGAGUUACGUGGAUCAUGUGACAUUAUAAACUUGUUUGUGUGACAUCAUGAUCAGAGAAGUCUUUCUAAGUGUAUUACAAUUUUUGAGCAGCUUAACCAGGGUAUCGAUCAUUGAUCCUCUACAUGGAAAGUCUAUUUUGCAUUUUUGUCCGUAAACUGUCAAUACAGUUGCCUGUACUGUAAUUCAUAUGCAUAGUGGAAUCAUUAUUGGAUAUCUAUAUUUAGUGAUGGAUACAUUUCGUUAGAUUUUAUUGUUUAUGAACAAUAGUGUUUGUGUCAGCACAUUUGCUUAAAAAGUUUUAAUAUGUAGGUCCUAAUUCAUGUUUGGUAGAAUGGCAGCUUUUCACUAACAUUUGAUGAGAAUGUUGUGAAAUUAGCACCAGUUUCUGCAGAUUUGGCUGUAUUUGUUUUCCUGGCAGCAAAAUUAUUUCCUCUAAAAUAUGAACUGUCGGUGUACAAUGCACUGCAAACAUGCACCUCACUUGAUUUUUUAGCUUAGUUUACAUUUAAUUAGAAAUUUGCUGCCAAUUUUUAAAUCAUCAUUAUUGAAUAAAGUACCUGACACAUGAAGCCUCCAAAUAACUGCACACAGUUUGUGAAGUACACCAAGAUACCAUUGCAUUCUAGCAACUAACAAACAAGAAAAACAAAACACUCCAUCAUCCAACAAGCACAAUCAGAAAAACAAAGACGAAAACAUCGUGACUUAAACAUCAGUUAAAUAUCUUUGCAGCAUAUGAGCAUCUCUCCAGUGAAGUGGGAUUCAAAUCAAGGCCGUUGGCACAAACCACUUCCAACUGGAGUGUCCCGUGGGUUGUGUGUUUCUUCAAAUGUAAAUUUCCUUUGCUGUUUAUCACAGAGAUGAAGCAUUUCUCAAGGUAUUUCAGAUGCUGUAACAAUACAGCUUUGCUCAAAAUAUCAAAUGAUAUCCGUGAUUUUGGCUUUCCGCAAAUCACAUCUGGGACUCUACACGACUGCAUCGAGACAGAGAGAGAAAGAAAGUGAUGAGACGCAGUGAUGAGAUAUAACAUGAUGAGAUGAAGUGAUGAGAGAUGAAGCAAUGAGUGAUGCGAGAGAGUGUGAUGUGUUAUUAUGAUAAUUUGCAUGUAUUUACAAGUUUAUUUAAGACAAUUAAUAAAAUAUCAUUAUCCACGACAUUUGCUAUUCACGGGCAUCUCAGAAAUGCAUCCCUCGUGAGUAACGAGGGAAUACUGUAGCGUUUAAAUGACCAAUGUUCAGCUGUUAUGUCUAAAGUACACUCAAGUAUAAGCAUUAUAUGAAAUCGUGACAGUCCUUAAAACUCCUAUAACACUGGAAUUUAACGACUACUAAAUACAACGUAAUAUCAUAUUCAUAGAGUACAUUACACAAUCAAAAUAUUCUGAGGUCGGGUCCCAUUCAGGGCAUGACAGCUCAUCAGCUGUCCUGGGUCAAUAAAAUAGGUACCACUUUGUGGGAAGUCAACAUUGGCCACCCUUGGGAGACUUGCUACUGCCACAGGAAUAUUUAAAUUCCACCGCUGACUCCGGCUCAUCGGGGACAAUUUUUUUGUGCCGUCACUUGUGACCGGAUUGAGACAAUCAACUCAUUACACUUGAGAAUCUCGUUUAAUCACGGGUGGUUGCUUGGAUUUUAGCCCAGUGGUACCAGCUCAGUGCUCUGACGUUGUAUUAGCCCCUGGAACCACUCGCUACCUCUCGAAUGAAGUGUUCUUAACUGCUUCAGUUAAUUAAUGUCAUAAAAUAUGAAGGAGAUGAAUUAAGUUUUUCAUCGGAAAUAAUGUUAGCAAUUGACCAGUGAGCUUUCCAGAUUAACUUUCCUAGUUUUCUGGGUGGUUCUUAAUGGUAAGAUCAGGAUAGCAAUUACAAAUGUGAUAGUCUCAAUCCAUGCACCAUGAUCCACUGGAUAAAAUAAAAACUAUACAACGUGUGUAUAACUUAUUGUCCAUGAAAGGUAAUAAACAACACAAUCAAGGUGCACGAAGGUAAAAUAACAACUGUCAUUGCGAUAAUUUAACUCGAGUUUGAGAAACUGGUCUUCACCUUAGGAAUGUGGAAUCACAGGACUGUUUGCCCAAAGCUCAUUUAAGUAUGGUGACACAUUUUGAAUUUCUAUUCUAAUCUAUCCACCAUACACUUUUUCGAUCAUUUUGUUUUACAUUAUUCAGUAAGCAUAUGAAAGUGGGAAUAGCUUGUAAUAGGUGUGAUCACUAUAGAAAUGCUGAACAUAAUUACAUAUUUAAUGAGGUCUCGUGGUGGUUUAGUUGGUAUUAAGAGCACACACUGAUAUGUUGCAGAACUGAUUGUACUCUUCCACAUACCGUAUAGUACAAAAAAAACACCCACUAUACACAUAAAACUGACACUAUCAACCGAAGAAAAUAGGUUCGGUGUCAUUUUAGUCAUCCAUGAAACAAUGUGUAAAGAGCCUGUUGAAAGUGACACAAUAUAAAAAUGCGUUACCUAUAUUUUUUACAUCCUUGUGAUUUUUAUAGUAACCUAGUGUCAAAGGUCACCAAAAUUUAGCAACAUACUUUCAAACAAACCCGGUAAAAAAAAACAAAUGUCACAAACAUUCAAAACUAAAUGUAGGAUAUGUAGUACUCAGUACUGUGUUUGAUGAUAAUAAAGGAAUAGAGUUACCCGUCAUUAAGUUAAAUUGCCCCGUUUGUGUUUUUGUGGUGUGGGUUAUUAGACGGCUGGACAUAUUUGUUAAAAAAAAAUUGCUGUAUAAAGUGUUAACUCUCUAUACAUUGUGAUGUAUUUAUUCUUUAUCGUUUCAGAAAGCACAGGUAAUAUGGGAGUUAUAGAAAUAAUGUAUAUAUGCUUGUGAUAAUAUUAACUAUUCAUCCAAAAUACUUUGACACAAAAAUCUUAAUCAGCUACUUGUUCUGCACUUAUUGGAAAUAUACGCUAUUGUAUUUGCUUUAUUGAAGUCAUGUUUGGCUUAGCAUAUUUAAAUCCUAAUAUUCCAAUAGCGUAUGUACAUACAAGGCACAAAAAUGAUUAAGUUAUUCAAGGAUACCAUGUAUAAUGAAGAUAUCCGGAAAAUAGUACACAAAGUCAGAAGAGCAUACACAAGCAUGGCGAGAUGCAUUCUUGGAAUUACAUUGGAGAGAGAUUAGAGAACAAAUGCAGGAAUACACAUUUGUGUUUAUAGCUGCAGUUUAACGCGUAGUUUUAAGUUCAGAAAGUAGCGUAUUUAGUAGUUGCUUUGAACAAUGUAAUUUUCGUACGUAUUGCCAUAAUAUUCAAAGACGGCCUUUUUAUUGUUUUGCAACCAACGUAUAAAAUGUGCUCCCGUGUUGUCUUAUAUAGACACGAAGAUAUAAGCAGGGCGGCCUAAGCACAGCAUCUUGUGAAAAUCGUUGGCUAUAUAUCUUUUUUUAUGGAACUUCGCUGAGUGACAUCAGUGUUGCAUUUCAUAAGGUAUCAAUUUUAUGCUUCAGUGAACCUAAACAUCAAAUAACAAGUUGAUUAAACAUAACAGCUUGUGUAACAGUGUCCGAGAGGAAAGCAAGAUUCCGAUAUUUUGGCUGACCAGCCUUGACUUUCAUUUCCCAUCGGUCACAGCUAAAACAAAGCACCUGUUAUUUUUAACGAACAAGGUUUAUUUUUGUUAUCUGCUUUUUGAUUUAUGUGUGUAUCUGUUGCUAUUGUUGAAGUGAGUGUCAAAUCCUGUAAUAUAGGUGGUGUUUUGUUGAAUCUUCUUUGAAAGCAAUUACAUGAAUCAUUAGACAUUGUCUAUGCUUCUGCAUUUGUCUCUACUGCUGGAUGUGUUGUAAAAUGUUUAAGCAGUGCACCUUUAAACUCCCUGUCCCUUUGUAGCCACUGCAGCCACAUUGCAGUAAUACAAAGGGCCGCCCACUGCUACCAGCAGAGUUAAUAACUUCAAUUAGAUGUUGGAUAUUUAGGAAUACUGUUUCUGAUAUAUUUGUAAGUGGCAUUGAAAAAAAACCGUGUGUUAUAUCCAUAUGUGCAAUGAACAAUGUGCUGUCCUAUUAAUAUAGACUCUAUCAGCUUGUGGGCAUAAUAUUAGAUGAAGGUGCGUGAUAUCUGAUUGCCUGUAUAAAGCACAAUUAAAUGUUUGUAUAAACGUAAAUAUGCAGUGGGCAAGAUUUGUUAAACAUAAGAAACAAAAUGUUCAUGCAGACAUAUAACUCAAAUUUGCAUCACAAAGUAUAAUUACAUCUUUAAUCCAAUGUACUGUUUACUUUCUAGCCCGGUGUCAACCCACGUAAAUGAGGGCCCAAUUCUUGCGUUGGUGUGAAGUAGCGGUUGACGCGUCCACUGGCAGCCUCCUUCCAAUUGAGGAUCAGCUCAUGUCUUGUGUUUUGUGCCUUUCCACAACGUGCAAUGUGUGGAGCCCACCUUUCCACCGCAGAUGACAGUCAAGCCAGACACAGUGGUGGGAUUGGUAGGAUGGCAUGGCACCAGUGUAGAAACCAUGCCUCUGAAUGAGGCAGACCAAUUAAGCCGUGAUUCUGGCCACACAUACAGUAUAUGUACACACGUCUAUAUGGACGACAUCUAGACGAUAUAAUGUAUAAAUAUUCAUGUAGUACAUAAUAUCACGAAAGCCAUUAUAUAUUUGGCUAUACCUUAAGUCUAUAUAUCUCAGCAUUUGCAUUGCCCAGUGUUUACCAACGAAGAGACGAUCAUUCAUUCUGACAGUGCAAUUAAGGUCAGUUAUUAUUUAACACCUCAACAAAGUUGGUGGAGUUGCAAAAUCCCUUUGGGCCUUGAAUUUUUUCCCCUUCUGAUGGUAACAUUCCUGCUGUAUAAAACAUGGCCCAUGUGCAGUGUGAUUCUAUUCUGUCUCGGUGAUUGCGCAUGCAUUUCCUUAGCCUCUAUUUCCAUUAGAAUCUGUGACCUCCAGCCUAAUAAAGUGUACCAUAUUUAAUUCUCCAAUAAAGAUGUAUGUAUGUUAAGUGUCCUCCAUA